CAAUAUUUUCGUGGCCAAAGGUAGGCCUACGACGAAGCAGAGGGAAACAUGGCACUUUUAAAGGAGAUUUUUGGAGUUUGUUCCGUCCUGUUUAUCUUGCUCGAGGCACGAGCCACAGUUGGGUAUUCAAGGUCAACGUGCCCUGCAGUUUCGAUUGCAUACAACGAUUGCGAAAGAGUUUACAAUCGCUGCUCGUCAGACGAAGCUUGCUCAAAUGGACUGAAAUGUUGUCCAUCUUCUAGAGAUAAUGGCUGCUCUCUUCGGUGUAUUAAACCACGAGAACUCGAGGGCUGCCCCGAACCCUUAGACUUCGCUUUCGUGGUUGAUACUUCCGGCAGCAUCAGUAGACGGAACUUCGUAAGGCAGAGAGAGUUCAUCGAGCAGAUGAUCGAUGGUUUCGACAUAUCAGAAGAAGGAACCCAUGUUGCUAUAGUAGAAUACAGCAGUACAGCGUCUGUCGUGUUAAAAUUUAAUAGUUUCACCGGAGUCCAGCUGAAUGCAGUUAAUCUAAAACGACAAGCCCGUAAGCUUCCCCAUCAGCGUGGAUAUACCUACAUAGAUAAGGGUCUGCAUUUGACAAACACGGAGGUGUUUUCUGUAAAAGAUGGAAUGAGACCAAAUGUUACAAAGAUCGUUCUGGUAAUGACCGAUGGAAGACAGACGGUGGAUGAAGGAUCUCUUUCCUCCGACAUUCUCCAUGACGCUGUUCAACCUCUGAAAGACAAAGGCAUUCGUGUGAUUUCUCUGGGUAUUGGAACAGGUACCCUGCUGUUUGACCUUUUGACACUUGCUUCCACGGAUGAGGAUGUGUACUCAGCUGCAGAUUUUAAAGAGCUUAAAAAUUUGGUUACAGAGCUGACUGAAAGAAACUGUCCAGUACAUGGAAAAUGGUCUGACUGGAGAGGCUGGGGUGACUGCACAGUACCAUGCGGUGGUGGCCAACAGACAAGAUAUCGGGUUUGUGACAAUCCUCGUCCGGCGUACGGAGGAAGGCAGUGUCCUGGUGCCAGCGACGAGACACGUCCAUGCAACGAGUUACCAUGCGCCGUUGAUGGGGGCUGGACCGAGUGGAAACCGUGGGAAAUAUGUCCAGUGACGUGUGGAGGAGGAAUACAGAAUCGAUAUAGAACCUGCACAGAUCCCCCACCUUCUCAUGGCGGAAAAAAUUGCUCCGGGAAAGGCAUACUUACUCGUCCUUGCAACGAGGAGCCCUGUCCAGUUAAUGGAAACUGGACUCAGUGGGAAGACUGGAGACAAUGCAGUGUGUCGUGUGGUGGAGGAACACAGAGUCGUGGUCGGACCUGUACUAAUCCUCCGCCGCAAUUUGGUGGUCGAGACUGCACUGGCGAGAGUCAAAAUACGCGGUCUUGUAACGACCAACCGUGUCCAAUUGAUGGAAGGUGGACAAGAUGGAGCGAUUGGGAGGCUUGCUCUAAAUCGUGCGGUGAUGGUACUCAGUUGUCCCGUCGAUCAUGUACCAAUCCUUCCCCUGCCUUUGGAGGAGCUGACUGUGAGGGAGAUAACGUACGGUCAAGGCCGUGCAAAGAAAUGGAAUGUCCUGUUGAUGGAAAUUGGACCGAUUGGGGAUACUGGGAGGUCUGCAGUGUGACUUGUGGUGGAGGAGUGCAAAGCCGAACUCGGACUUGCACCAAUCCCUCGCCACAUUUUGGAGGCCGUGACUGUGUUGGAGAAAACGUCGAGGAGCGUUCAUGUAACGACAACCCAUGUCCAAUUGACGGUAGGUGGACAAGAUGGGGAGACUGGGAACAAUGUUCCAUGACAUGUGGUGGUGGAAUUCAAGCGUCCAGCCGAUCAUGCAAUGCUCCUGCGCCUGAAUUUGGAGGAAAAGAUUGUGAAGGGGACAGCUGGCGUUCUCGAACCUGCAACGAAGAGGAGUGUCCUGUUGAUGGAAAGUGGACCGAUUGGGGGGAUUGGGAGCUAUGCAGUGUCACGUGCGCUGGAGGAACGCAGAGCCGAUUCCGAACUUGCACCAAUCCACCGCCACGAUUUGGAGGCCGGGACUGCAGCGGAGUAGGACAGGACGUGCGUUCUUGCAAUGAAGACCCAUGUCCAAUCGACGGAAGGUGGACAAGGUGGGGAACAUGGGAACCAUGUCCAGUGUCAUGUGGUGGUGGUAUUCAGUUAUCUAAGCGGUCUUGUACCAAUCCUGCACCUGCAUUUGGAGGAGACGACUGCGAAGGGGAAAGCGUUCGCUCAAGAUCCUGCAACGAACGAGGAUGUCCCGCUGACGGAAACUGGUCAGAAUGGAGCGAGUUUACCCCUUGUACCCUUUCUUGUGCCGGUGGAAAACAAAAUCGCUCCAGAACAUGCACCAACCCACCACCGAAAAACGAUGGAAAAUACUGUGCAGGAGGGAGCAGUGAAGUGCGACUGUGCAAUAAUCUACGAUGUCCAGUGGACGGUAAAUGGACAGUUUGGGGAAACUGGGGCAUUUGUUCUUUAACGUGUGGAGGUGGCGUGCAAGACCGUUCAAGAACUUGUACCAAUCCUCCACCGGCCUUUGGUGGAGCGCAGUGUGUUGGACCAAGUAGAAGCACGCGAUUAUGCAACGACAAUCCAUGUCCAGGGGACGGGAAAUGGUCUGCAUGGAAACCCUGGUCUCCCUGCAGCGUGUCAUGCUCAUUAGGAACUCAGAGUCGAUCCCGCACCUGUACCAAUCCUCCUCCAACCUUUGGUGGUAAAGACUGCGUGGGAAAGAGUGAUGAAACCAAGUCCUGCAACAAGGGACCUUGCCCGGUGAAUGGAAGGUGGGCAAGAUGGAACCCAUGGGGCCUAUGCCCAGUGAGAUGUGGGGGCGGAACUCAAGUACGUUCACGAUCCUGCUCUAAUCCCCCACCCGCCUAUGGUGGAGCUAAUUGCAUCGGAGAUAGACGACAGGUCCAAUCAUGCAAUGAGCAACCGUGCGAAGUUCAUGGUAACUGGGCAAGAUGGCAAAGCUGGAGCAAAUGCAGUAAGAGCUGUGGUGGUGGAGAUCAGAGCCGAAUGCGAACCUGCACAAAUCCACCACCUCUUCAUGGUGGCAGGCAGUGUUCAGGAAGGAACAAGGAGACUCGCUUUUGCAACAGACGGCCGUGUCCAGUCGACGGCAACUGGGCUGACUGGAAACCAUGGAGCAGGUGUUCACGAUCAUGUGGAGGAGGAACACAGGUCCGUUUGCGUACUUGCACCAAUCCCCCACGUUCCAAUGGUGGAUCAUGGUGUAUUGGGAGCCAACAGGAAAGACAAUCCUGCAAUGAAGAUAAAGUGUGCCCUGUUGAUGGUGGUUGGUCCUUCUGGAGUUACUGGGGACGAUGCUCAGUUUCCUGUGGAUCUGGAGUAAUGUAUCGAACCAGAACUUGUACCAGUCCCCCACCAGCGCACGGUGGAGCACGGUGUCGGGGAGAAAGCAGAGAAAUUUAUUACUGUGAGAGAUCAUCCUGCCCAGUUGAUGGUAAUUGGGCUCAGUGGGGUCGUUUUAGCCGAUGCUCAAGGAGGUGUUCAGGUGGAGUUAAGCGUCGUUACAGAUCUUGUUCUAAUCCGCGUCCGUCCAAUGGCGGUAAGCAGUGUCCUGGCGAAGCGGUGGAAGAAAUUCCUUGCAACACAAGACCUUGUUCAGUAAAUGGAAACUGGGGCCGAUGGGACAGCUGGAGUCCAUGCUCAAAAACUUGUGGAGGCCUGGGGCGGAGAAUAAGAAGAAGGCAAUGCAACAACCCCCCUCCCUCGCACGGAGGCAGAUAUUGUGUUGGAGACGGUACAUUAACGGCCUCAUGUGCCGCGUGGUUACCUUGUGAAGUGAGCUGCAACAUCCCUCUGGACUUUGCUAUCAUCGCCGACACAUCUGGCAGCAUUUCCAGAAAAAACUUUCAGCUUCUUCAAAAUUUCAUUCGUGGUCUGGUGGAUAGCUUUCAGGUGGAUGAAGAUUACACCCAUAUAGCUAUUAUAGAGUACAGCACCACUGCUUCUGUGCAGCUCCAUUUCAAUGACUUGUCUGGAAAAAAUCUGACCAGACAAAACGUAAAGGAAAAGGUUCAAAGCAUGCCCCAUAAACGAGGGUACACGUACAUCGAUAGAGCAUUACGUAUGGCAGACCGAGACGUUUUCACAUACGCCGCUGGCAUGCGAUAUAACGUGGAUAAGGUGGCACUCGUAAUGACGGAUGGGGUGCAAACAGUUGAAAAGAACUCCGGGAAGUCAGACACCGAGAUUCUUACCGAAGCUUCAAAGCCUCUUAAAGAAAAGGGCGUGCGCAUCAUUUCGCUUGGAAUUGGAAAGCGGGUCAAUAGGAAAAGUCUGGAGGCCAUUUCCUCAGGCAGAGACGUGUACUCUUCACGAACCUUCUCUGAACUCAAAACAUUAGUGAAGAAAUUAAAGAAAGGAACCUGCCAUGCGACAGCGGCAGGCUACAAAUACGUAAGACGUACAAGAUAGAUCUGACAUCAGAGAUCAUUUAUCGCCUCGCAAUCCAUUCAGAGCCAAUCUCUGCAGUAAAGUAACGAGCAAAGGGAAACAAAACAGACUAACAGUAUUAUGUUUGGGAGCUUCGGUGAACUGACAGGUUGUUAUUUUCCAGGUGUAAUAUUAUCAUCAAUGCAAGAGAUUAACAAUCCACUAAAUUGGUUUAAUAUUGUUGAUA